AUGGUCACCAUUGACAGCCAUGUCGUCCUGAAAUACCAAAACGAGCCAUGCGUCACCAUUCCCCAGUACUUGAUUGUCGAAAGCUCCAGGGCCAAAAAUCCCAGCAGAGCCAGCUUGACCUUCUACGAGCCCUUCAAGAAGUUGCAGGAGCUUCGCAACAAGGCCAUGGAUCGCUAUGCCAACGGCGACGAGGACCAGGGCGACGAGGCCAACCAACUCUUCGAAGACCAGGAUGGGGAACCCCAGAGGCAGCCCAGGCGUCACAGGCUCCAAAACCUCCCAGAAACUAUCAACAUCCACGUGGGGAACACCAUUAUUCCAUGCCUGCUCCCAGAAGAUCGCCGCCGGCCCAAGGCUGCAGACCUGGCAGUGCCACUGGAGAGCAACACCAUCGGUGCCAUCAUCGACCACGUUCGUGCCAAAGUUGAAGAAUUGGAGGCCCACAUGCAGCAGCCCAAGAAGAAGGCCAAGAAGAAGCAUUUUGCUUUUGCCACUUUUGGCCAGCACUCCAAGCUUCUUGCCAUGGCUGGUGUGCCAGAGAAGGUGGUCCAAGAAGUGGAAGCCAUGAUGUCCUCGACUGCUCCAGUGAAUACGAAAGUGGACCAGAUCGUCCAACUUCUAAGGACACAUGGCCUUGCCCACGACCAAGUUCUGACUCCAAGUCAGAUCUUGGUACACCCAGAAAACCGAGGCAAGUCCAUGGUGUCCUACUACGACGUCUGGUCCAAGGGCAGCCAGCCAGGCUUCCUCUCCCUUGCAGGGAGCCACAGUGUGGCCUUUCUCCGCUGCCUCCAGGCGGGCAUCCAAGGACCAGAGGGCUAUCACGUCGCCAUCGCGAAGUCGGACCCAGCAUGGCGAGCGAUCGAGCAAGGAUGGUGCUGGAUCGUGCUGGCAGCAUCCAUUGAAGAAGCCAUGCCACAACUUCCCAACUUUAUUCAGCAUGCUGCCAACUCGUCCAACUCAAUAUCCAAAGCCAUCAACGAGUUGGAGGUUGCCCUCCAUGUGGCCACUGCAUUUGAGAAGGGCUUGAGCCUUCCAGAUGCCAUCCAGCAGGCCAGCCAGGGCGACGUGAGAUGCCGUGCCAGUGUCCCCGCCAUCGCCAAAUUCGUCCAGAACUUCGGCGGCGGCAGCCAGGGGUUUCCACUCCUCCAUUUCCUUGCCAAUUUUGGGAAGCAGUUUAAUGCCACACUUCUGGUGGGAACCGAGCUGAUGUCCACCCUGGUGUCGCUAGAUUUCAAGCAAGCGACGUGCAUCUUUCCCAUGCUUCGUGUGGCGGCAUGGGCUACCAUGUUGACCAGCCCAAAAUCCCAAGACGGGUUCAGCCGCAUCCUAUCCACCAACGAUCUCCAAAAACUGAAGGCACCAGGCAUGCUCGACCAAGUUACCCAAGCCGAAAACAUGCUCCAAGAGGCUUGGAAGGUCCAACAGGAUCUUCUUGUGGAGCAGACCCACCAUGCGUCCCACUUAACCAAAUGCUUUGGUCGAUUUGCAGUCAGAGUUUGUUUGUUCCUCACGAACAAACGAAGGGCAGGCCGGGAAACCAAGCACUGGCAAUCUCUCCAAGCCAUCUUGACUGCCUACACCAAGGAGAUCCAAGACAGCUCGGCUGGCGAUGCCAUUGCGGACCACAGCAUGACUCCAAACAUGCAGGUGACGGAUGUCUUGGCGGCCAGCAACAAGACCAUUGCCAUGCUCCAAAACAACCACAUGGAACUGGGCAAGUUGUACACCGCCAAGGACCACGGUGCCAAGGUGUUCAAGCUGACGGAUGUCACGGACGACCAUGCCACCAUGACUCACAAGCCACUCUUCCAAGAUGAGGAAGAAGUCCAUGUGCCAUUGCAGAAGCUGCCAAUGUGGAAGGCCACCAAGGCCAUGAUGCCGAUGUUGUGCCCCCAGGAUCUUGCCAGGGAAGGAAUGACGGCGAAGCUUCUGUUGGAGGAGCGGGCCAGGUCGGAGGUCCAGCUGGCUCUCCACAGAGCGGCGGAAAAGCACCAUGUGGAUGCCCAGACCAUCGCUUUCGGCCAGAACCCGCAGGGGUUGUUUGCCAUCAAGACAAUUCGCAAAACCAUUCGUUUGGUUCCACUGGGCACGGUGAACAAAGCCAAGUCGACCGCCAAGGAAACGAAGCUCCUCAUCCAGCACGGCGGCCACAGCUGGACCAUUGGGCCGUUCCGCCAGAAUGCGCAGUUCGAAGCAGACAGUGCGUUUUGCUUGAUUCCAUAUUUCUGGUGCAAGCCCACGAGCGAGACCUCCGAGGUCACCAUGGUUCACUCCACGGUCGUCGAGUCUGGGAUUACCAUCCCAUGCUUGGAGAAUCCUGCUCCGCUGGAACAGCACCAGCCGCUUUUGUUCCUGGCGGCCCAUGCCGAAGCUUCCGAAGCAGACCACAGCGAGCCAGAGCCAUCAGAGGCCGAGCCUAAAGCCAAAGCCAAGGCCAAGGCCAAGGCCAAAGAGCAGUCUGAGCCUCCUUCCAAGAGGGCCAAGAAGUGA